AUGGAAUUCAAGGGAUUCAAGGAAUUCAAGGAAUUCAAGGAAUUCAAGGAAUUCAAGGAAUUCAAGGAAUUCAAGGAAUUCAAGGAAUUCAAGGAAUUCAAGGAAUUCAAGGAAUUCAAGGAAUUCAAGGAAUUCAAGGAAUUCAAGGAAUUCAAGGAAUUCAAGGAAUUCAAGGAAUUCAAGGAAUUCAAGGAAUUCAAGGAAUUCAAGGAAUUCAAGGAAUUCAAGGAAUUCAAGGAAUUCAAGGAAUUCAAGGAAUUCAAGGAAUUCAAGGAAUUCGAAGAACAACUCAAAGAAUUCGAAGAACUCAAAGAAUUCGAAGAACUCAAAGAAUUCGAAGAACUCAAAGAAUUCGAAGAACUCAAAGAAUUCGAAGAACUCAAAGAAUUCGAAGAACUCAAAGAAUUCGAAGAACUCAAAGAAUUCGAAGAACUCAAAGAAUUCGAAGAACUCAAAGAAUUCGAAGAACUCAAAGAAUUCGAAGAACUCAAAGAAUUCGAAGAACUCAAAGAAUUCAAAGAACUCAAAGAAUUCAAAGAACUCAAAGAAUUUCAAGAAUUUCAAGAAUUUAAGGAAUUUAAGGGAUACAAGGAGUUAGUUAUCUAG